AGGAGCCAGCUGCGGCGCAGCGGCGGCAGCAGCCCCGGCAGGAGACCCGACGCCCGCGGGGGCCGGCUGCCCCCCGGCCGGCUGGGCGGCGAUGGCGGCGGGCGGCGGACGGCGGGCUUAGGGCCGCCGGGCUCAGGGCGCGGGCGGCGGCGGGGCUGAAGCUGGGGUCCCCCGCCCGCGGGCGCCGCAUGGUGCGGGCCUGAUGCCGGAGCGUGGCCCGGCGCCGCGGCAGCGCUGCGGGAGGAGGAUGGCGGGGCUGGCGUGGAAGUGGCCGCGCACCCGCCUGCCCGUGGGGGCCAGUGCCCUGGGAGUUUUCGUCCUCUGCUGGCUCUACAUCUUCCCCGUCUACCGGCUGCCCGACGAGAAGGAGAUCGUGCAGGGAGUGCUGCUGCAGCAGGGCAAGGCGUGGAGGAGGAACCAGACUGCGGUCACCCUGUUCAGGAAACUGCUGGAAGAAUGCUGUGACCCUGGGCAGCUCUUUGCUAUGACAAAGCUGAACUCCCCGAUGGGGAAGAACCUCUGGUUUGAUGGGGAAUUUUUAUAUUCUUUCACUAUUGACAAUGCAACUUACUCUCUCUUCCCACAGGCUACUCCCUUCCAGCUGCCACUGAAGAAAUGCUCCGUGGUGGGAAAUGGUGGGAUCCUGAAAAAAAGCGGCUGCGGCAAACAAAUAGAUCAAGCAGAUUUUGUCAUGCGGUGCAACCUUCCACCUUUAUCCAGUGAAUACAGCAAGGAUGUUGGAUUGAAAACCCAGCUGGUGACUGCAAAUCCCAGUAUAAUUCAGAAAAGGUUCCAGAACCUGCUGUGGUCUCGAAAAGCGUUUGUGGACAGUGUGAAGGUGUAUAACCAGAGCUACAUCUACAUGCCAGCCUUCUCGAUGAAGACGGGGACGGGACCUUCCCUACGUGUCUAUUACACCCUGGAGGACUUUGGUGCCAAGCAGACGGUCCUUUUCGCCAACCCCAAUUUCCUGCGUGACAUUGGCAAGUUCUGGAAGAAUAAAGGUAUACACGCCAAACGACUUUCCACAGGACUUUUCCUAGUCAGUGCUGCCCUUGGUCUGUGUGAAGAAGUGACAAUUUACGGCUUCUGGCCGUUCUCGGUGGACCUUCACGGGAAGUUUAUUAGCCAUCAUUACUAUGACAACGUCUUGCCCGAUUCUGGGUUCCAUGCCAUGCCGGAGGAAUUUCUACAGCUCUGGUUUCUUCAUAAAAGUGGUGUACUGAGAAUGCAGCUAGAACCAUGUGAGGACCCUUUAAUCCAGUCUUCUGCCUGAGGAUCAUGGGAGUCGGUUUGGGAGAUCCAGUAGUUUGUAAUUUCCAUGCUCUCCAACAGAGAGUUCUGUUUUCUGUUGAUUCUUUUUAAAAGGAAAAUAAUCAUGGAUCUGCGCAGACCAUAAAAAUGUUACUUGAAAGCCAAAUGGAAUACAUCCUUAAUGUAUAGUGCUUUAUGGAACUGAGGCGGGGGGAAGUGAAUCUCUCCAUUGAGUCCGUUCAGCAGCAUUGUGAACAUCAUGUUGGAAGCAGCACAGCUGAACUUUCUGAGGGACGUUUUUAAAUGACCGCUGUAAAAAGGGCAUUAAGGCUCAGAGGGACAAAGGGCCACCCACAAGCUUUGCUGACAGUGCCAAAAAUGACUGUCUGUUCAAAAAUCCAUUUCAUUCCAGAUUGGCAUCUUGUAAAACUUUCCUUUUUCCUUUUUUUUUUCUUCUCCCCCCGCUCUGUUUUGGGCUGGGGGGGUUAUGUGUGUGUAGGAGAACAUGUGUGUGUUGUGUUGUUGCCUUUGUUUCCUUCCCUUUUUUUUUCUUUUUCCCCUCAAUUGAAGGAAAAGGAAAGGCUGAAAAGCCCUAGGAGCUGAGUACCAUCAACUCCUCUGAAGACUCUUGGGAGAGUGAAUGGUGCUAAGAAUGUGGUUAGAAGAAUGUCCUGCUACUGAGUAUGGAUGAACCUACCUAUUGUAGGUUUUAUCAGGAUACUUUAUGUCAUUGCACUUAGAGCCGUGCUAGUGCUAUGCUGUGGGCAAGAGCUGGUUAAGGGUAGCGGGUUCUAAAAUAAAACGUGUUAUAAAACCAGUAGUGUAGUGCAGCCUGGUUUCAGCUGACCUGCUGGAAGAUUUCCAUGGUGGCUUUAGUAGGAGGGAUGGAUCGUGACCUGUUUUGCUGUCCAGCCUUAGGGAUUAAUUCUGUAUUCAUUUGGACUCCAGAUGUUCAUUGACUGUCAAGGGGAUUUGAGGUGUUCAGUGGAAUGCGGAAUGAGGUUCUUCAUUUGCUUAUAGCAGAAAAACUGCAGAAAUGAAUGUUAACUAUCCUUUAAAAUGAGCUGAAGCUUUGGAAAGCCUUUCUCUUUGUGUGACUAGCUCUUCUGCUAGGAUUGUAAUGUUAGCCUUAAAGACUUUUCUCACAAGAUUGUCUCUGGUUAAAGAUAGUCUGAAAAAAUAAAACAGCCUUUGGGAGCACUGAAACGCUGCAUAGUCAGCAAGAAAAAAAUAAAAAAAGAAAAAAGGAGAGAGAAAACAGCAGGCCCUUACAUAAGGCGACCUCUAUCCUUGCAGUGGGUGAAUUCAAUCAGUGUGUGCAUUGCACACAUGCUGCUCCGGCCAGCACAGAGCCUGAAGGACUGUUUUAUUUUGGGUGAUUACUUGGACAGCAAGAUGGUCCUAUCACCAUGUAAAUGAGAAAUCUUUUUGUUUGUUUGCUUUGGUUUAGCACUAUAGGACAAGAAGAGAAUACCAGUUCAGCCCACAGUGCAAUUUUGGCUGCAAGAUGUUAUCACCAUUAACUUUAAAAAUCCAAAUCAGUGUUCUCUUUCUUAUCCUUCCAUCAUUAGUAGCUGAAAUUCUAGUCAAAGUGUUGAAACAACAAAAUUGUCAUCAGGUUUCCACAAUAAUUUCCUGUGCUACCUGUUUUAGCUCCAAAGUACUAGUAUUUGGGGGGAUGUGUCCUAUCAUAUGUUGAAAACAUCUCUCUUUGUAGACUACCAACUGCAAGUUAUAUAGAUAUAAUUAAAAAAGAAAGUCAAAAUCCAUUGCUCUUCUUUAAAUAUGAAUAAUUAAACUAUCUAUAUAGGACACUGGAAAAAAAAAUCAUGUUUUGCUUUUUAAACCUAUGUUUCAUAGUAAAAUCUUCUUUCUAAAUAUAGAUAUUCCAAGCAUAAAGUGGGCACUGCUCAAUAGAAUUACAGGGCAGUGCUAAACUGUAACAUGGAGAUUUUGACUAAGUAGCAUUCUAGAGAUUGUUCUGAUAAAAUCUGAAUGUGCUUCUUCAAA